AUGCCAAACAACAGGGUUAAGACUACAAAAGCACUUCAAAGUAAAAAAGGAAAAGCUGCUUUGGCUCAAUUACAUCCUCAUUCUAGACGAGCUAAACAGAUUUGUAGAGUUGCUUUACGUACUGAUAAACUAUCAGUAGCAAAACGAGAAAGAAAAAAACACGAAGUUUCAAGAAUUAAUCGAUUAGUUUGGUUUUGUUAUGCUUUAGAUCCUUCGAUUGGAUCUUGUACUUUACCUGAACUUCAUCAAAUCGUUCAAGAUUUCAUUCAUCGUCAUUCUGCUGAAUUAGAAUCUGAACGUAAACAACGUCGAGUUGGUCGUACGAAAUCUGUUGCACAGGAAAGGAUUGAAAUCGAUCAAGAAACAGAAGAAGCUGAGUAUACUACUGGAUUUGUCGUACCAGAUCUAACGUGUCCUAAAAGUGUAAAACUUCUUAGACAAUGGUGUGAAGAAGUUUCAAGUGAUCCUUCAUUCUUACCUAGACUUCGUUUAAUUAGGAUUUUCAAAAACGAUACAACAACCAUAGUAGAAGAACAGAAAGGUGCUACUGAAAGUAUGUUGAUGAGUUCAAACUCAGAUAUACAUCAUACUACUACUAAUCAAGAAAACCAAGACGAUGAUACACCUGAACUUGUGAUGGGUGACUAG